GCUUACAAGUUUCACCAAUGGCUUUUAUUUUCCCCUCUGGCCGAUAAGAGGUGACCUAUAAACCUACCGGUGUUAGACAUGGUGCUAUAGUUCUUUCUCUUCAACUCUGUGAAGUUCAGAAGCCAUGGCCAUGAACUCUUACACUGUGGCUUUGCUUGUUUUCUUCAUCAAUUUGAGCCUUUCUUGGGGAGCUGAUGAAGGUUUAGGAGCCUCUUUUAUCUUUGGUGAUUCUCUAGUGGAUGCUGGAAAUAAUAACUAUCUUUCCACUUUGUCUAAAGCAAAUAUCCCACCCAAUGGAAUUGAUUUUUCUGCUACUAGUGGAAAUCCCACCGGCCGGUAUACCAAUGGGAGGACCAUUGGUGACAUUGUAGGAGAAGAGCUGGGAAUACCAAACUAUGCUGUCCCGUUUUUGGCCCCGAACGCCACAGGAAAAGCUAUACUGUAUGGAGUGAACUAUGCGUCAGGAGGAGGGGGAAUUUUGAACCAAACUGGAAGAAUAUUUGUGAACAGGCUUUCCAUGGACAUACAGAUUGACUACUACAACAUUACAAGAAAGCAGUUUGAUAAAUUGUUGGGGCCAUCCAAGGCCAGAGACUACAUAACGAAGAAGUCCAUCUUCUCCAUCACGGUUGGAGCAAAUGAUUUUCUCAAUAACUAUCUGCUUCCAGUGCUCUCCAUUGGAACAAGGAUUUCACAAAGCCCAGAUUCAUUCGUUGACCUUCUCAUCAGCACUUUGAGGAGCCAACUCACGAGACUUUAUAAACUGGAUGCUCGGAAGUUUGUGAUCGGCAAUGUAGGGCCAAUAGGGUGCAUUCCUUAUCAGAAGACCAUAAACCAGCUGACCCAAAAUCAGUGUGUGGAGUUGGCUAAUAAGCUGGCGCUUCAGUAUAAUGGUCGACUAAAGGAUCUACUCGCAGAACUUAAUGAUAACCUUCCUGAAGCCACGUUCGUCCACGCAAAUGUGUAUGAUCUAGUGAUGGAAGUCAUCACAAACUAUGCCAAAUAUGGAUUUGUGUCGGCAAGUAAAGCUUGUUGUGGAAACGGGGGGCAGUUCCAAGGGAUAAUUCCAUGUGGACCUACAUCGAGCAUGUGUUCGGAUCGGUCCAAGUAUGUGUUCUGGGAUCCUUACCAUCCAAGCGAGGCUGCCAACCUUAUAAUUGCCAAGCGACUGCUGGAUGGAAGCACCAAAUACAUAUCUCCUAUGAAUCUUCGACAGCUUCGAGAUCUUUAGCUUCCCUACUUUGUUUGUAUGUCUGUUUGCCCCCCAACUUUUCUCUCUUGAAGAAUUUUCGUCUCCCCUUUUUUACUUUGUUGCGUGUUUAGUAAUAUUUUUCAGGAAAGCCAUCACAAAACUUUAUUUCGUUAGCUUGGGUACUGUUUCAGAGAAGUAGCUGCUAGUCUCUAAAACAAUCAAUGACCAGUACUAUACUCUCUUCACCAAAGGUUCGGCCUGAUAUGGCCCCUCUAUAUAUAUAUAUAGGGAUUGUUUUCAUCUAUAUGACAAAAAUGAAAAAUCUAUGCGAAACCUAAUUAAGGGAGGGAUCCUGCAAUUUCAUCAUCGACCUGUACUGAUCAGGAACAAUGCUAUUGCUAGCUACAACAAUUUGAUUGCUUACUUUGUGAA